AACCUUAUAUAUACCUCAGAGAUACGGUGAGAGCCAUUUCCUCUCUGACAAUGGGCCCGCAAGGAACUCUCGUACUUGUCCUUCUGUGUGCCUACGGAGCCGUCUCCCUGAUCGCCCCGUGCGGCUUAUGCGGGGAAGAAAUAGACAUCACAAUCAUUGCCCAGAACUUCCUCAAGCCCCCGCUCUUCAACUACACCGUGAACGUGCACGGCGAACCACAGAGUGAGCUGAUCUACUUCCUGCAGAGGGCGGCAGACAUCGAUAAACAUCUCAGAUUUACAAUCACUUACUUCGGUCCUGUCUUGGGCUACUUUGUCAACUCAAUCAACAAUCUGGAGGGAGAUUAUGCUGAAAACACGUCCUGGCGGGUGACGGAUGUUGACUUCAACUCCCAUAAAUUGGGCGUCAGCCACCACAUCCCAAACCACCAAGACACCAUCAUCUUCUCCUUUACCAACGAGACGUACACUUCAGAAGAAGCGAACAUAUCCGACAAAGCAUGAAUAAACUGACUCAAAAUCUGAAAA